CUUUUCUCCUCUUCUCACUCACCUCCACAUUGCUUCAACCCUUAUCUUACUCGGUAUAUUUGUUGUGUACGGCUUCUUCCUCUUUUGCUCCCAAAAGAGUCGAAGGUCUCCUCCCCCUAUCUCUUCCCCACAGAUCACAAUGUGUCUGUGCACGCCGCCCUUGCCUCUCGCCGCAGCACAAGGUUUCGCAGCGUCUGCCAGCUUCGUUGCACGUCGUCUAGUCGUGCGCCCACGUGGUGGUCUCGUUGGGCGGAGAUGCUAGUUUCAUCGCCUUCACCUUCCGCCGCCUUGCGUCCAUCUCCCGCCUCUCCUCAUACACACCAUCCUCCUCAUCCCUCUCAUCUUCCUCAUCCUCCUCAUCCUCCUCCAUCUGCUCCUCAUUCUUCGCAUUCCCAACCUUCCAUCCCUUUCUCCUCCUCUACGGUUUCCUCCUACUCUCCCCGUCCGCGUUCUCGUCGCCCUUCGAUCACGACGACCUCCAUUCCUUCACAUGACCAGUAUGAGCCCUCCGGGCCUGUUCCUGCCGCCUCGUCCAGUCAUCGUUUCGAUCUCCAUUCUUCCCGCGCCGCCAUCGAAGAGCUGCGCUCGGCUCUAAAGCGGCACACCGUUGGUCAUUUCCCUUCGGGGCCCUCAGGGGAUCUGCCUCGCGGUCGGAUGUCCGCCGGGCUGACCUCCUCUGGGGGCGGAAGUAGCAUCACGUCUGACGCCGCCAUUCCCGCCUCCCACCAUCACAGUCACCAUCACCCUCACCCUCACCCUAACCCUACUGCUCCUUCGCAAACGUCUGUUCCUGCAGCCGCCGCCGCUGCCGCUGCCGCUUCUUCCGCCCCUGUCCCCGUCUCCCAAUCAACCGCUACGCCUCCCAUGCCGGCUCCCAGCAGUGUUGGUUCAGGGUCCAACAAGCGUAAUAGCCCCAAUGGCCCGACCAACGAUGGGACGCGGCCCGGUGCGAUGGGGCAUGCAGACCUGGAGGGCUCCCAGAGUAAACGGUUGCGCCCGGAGAAGCCCUCUGUGAAGCUGCUUCCGGCCCAGUACGAACUGGCCGAUGCUCGAGAUCUAGUGGUGUUGAUCUCCAGCAUGCUGAUGGAACUGAUCCGAUUCAACGAUAAGAUCCCCCUUCAUCAAGGUCGGCUGACCCGCUUUCACUCUCGCACCCCACCCCGCAUCUCCGUUCAUGACUACCUGCAACGACUCACGACCCACGCCACGCUCUCGCCCCCGAUCCUGCUCAGCAUGGUAUACUAUAUCGAUCGGCUCUGUGCCAUGUAUCCCGCCUUCACGGUUUCCAGUCUGACAAUCCAUCGAUUCUUGAUUACCAGCGCUACAGUGGCCAGCAAGGGGUUGAGCGACAGUUUCUGGACCAACAAGACCUACGCACGAGUGGGAGGUAUCAGCAUGACCGAGUUGGCACUGCUGGAGCUGGAAUUUCUCUUCCGCGUCGAAUGGCGCAUUGUUCCCGAGCCGGAAGUGCUCGUGGACUAUUACCAGAGCCUGGUAGAGCGCUGCGAUGGGUAUGCAAUUCAACGAGAUAGCUGAAUUGUGCAUGUCCCGGGUAUUCUUAUCUUUCAACCACUUUCCUCUUAUAUGGCUUGCCUUGAAUUUGAGUCUCCGAGAGCAGCCCGCACAGGGGUGUAACCGCGGACGUUUCAUCAGUGUCUGUACUAGUACAUACAUACACAUACAUGGGGCUUGGAGUUGAUACUGUUUUUGUGCAUGGAUACGACGGCGAUCAAGUGAUUUAUAUCCAUACCGGUUGUUUUCUUUCUCUUCCAAGUUUUUUUUUUUUUUUUUUUUUCUUUAUUUU